CUUCCAUUUUAGGUGCGGGAGCGGUGCGGGGCGCACGGAGCGGCGGUGGCGAAGCCCGGCCCGACCCUCUGCGGCCCCGCUCGCGCUGCGUUCUCUCGACCCGGACGGCCGCUGCUCCGGGCCGCCCCUUGGCGGGGCUCCUUGCGUCUCGAGCCCUUCGCCCCGCCGCUCCUCUCCCGCCGGAGCGGGCCGGGCGGCCGCGGGGCGGGACCGCCCCCUGUCCCCGAGGAGCCCGGCCACGCUCUCUUCCUCCUGCUUCCUCCCUGUGGUGGCUGGGCUAUUUCUCCCAUGACUCUCUACGUCUAGACCUGGCUGUCCCGUGCCUUUGCCAAUCACACCCGAGCUUCCUCCUCUAACAGUGAAGAGCGGGGCUCCUCCCCUUCUGGGUCACUUUUCCUCCUCUCACCUUGACACCAGGCCAACUCUGCUUGUGCCUCCCUGUGCCCUUCGCCCCUUCCCCGCCUGUCCUGGGUAACCGUCACCCAUGGACGACUCGGAAGUGGAGUCAACCGCCAGCAUCCUUGCCUCUGUCAAGGAGCAGGAGGCGCAGUUUGAGAAGCUGACACGGGCGCUGGAGGAGGAGCGGCGCCAUGUCUCAGCCCAGCUGGAACGAGUGCGGGUCUCCCCACAGGACGCCGGCCCGGGCUUGGCCAACGGCACACUCUCCCGGCGGCACCAGAACGGCCGUUUCUUGGGUGAUGCUGACCUGGAAAGACAGAAGUUCCCAGAUCUGAAGCUAAACGGACCGCAGGACCACAGCCACCUCUUGUACAGCACAAUCCCCAGAAUGCAGGAUCCAGGCCAGAUUGUAGAGGAGACGUACACCAUGGAGGAGGACCCAGAAGGGGCCAUGUCUGUUGUGUCUGUGGAGACAUCAGAUGAUGGGACAACGCGACGGACAGAGACCACGGUGAAGAAAGUGGUGAAGACUGUGACCACCCGAACGGUGCAGCAGGUCCCCAUGGGGCCUGAUGGGUUACCCUUGGAAACUUCACCUGUCACAAGCAAUUACGUCCAGACAAUGGACAGGAACUUCCGCAAGAAUGGCAAUGGUGGCCCUGGCGGCUACCUGAACCACCCAGGCACGGCCACGCUUCCUCGCAACUACCAUUACCCCGAUGGCUAUGGCCGCCCCUAUGAUGACAGCUACCCGGGCAGCGAUCACAGCUAUGGCAGCCUGUCCCGUGUCACCCGCAUUGAUGAGCGCUAUCGCCCAUCUAUGGACGCUUACCGGGCCCCCAGCCGCCAGGACAUCUAUGGCCCCCAGCCUCAAGUACGUGUUGGGGGCAGUAACAUGGACCUCAACCACUUCCACCCUGAGUCAUAUGGCCUGGAAGAUGACCAGCGCAGUGUGGGCUUUGAUGAUGUGGACUACGGGCUUAUGUCUGACUAUGGCACAGCCAGGAGAGCAGGGACGCCAUCUGAUGCUCGACGUCGGCUCAGGAGUUACGAAGACAUGCUGGUGGAUGAAGUGGCUCCUGACCGGUACUACUGGGCCCCCCUGGCUCAGCAUGAGAGGGGCAGCUUGGCCAGCCUGGACAGCCUGCGGAAAGGAGCACCGGCCCCGGGCAACUGGCGUCAGCCAGAGCUGCCAGAGGUGAUAGCGAUGCUGAGUUUCCGCCUGGAUGCUGUCAAGUCCAAUGCAGCUGCUUACCUGCAGCACCUGUGUUACCGUAAUGACAAGGUGAAGACAGAGGUGCGCAAGCUGAAAGGCAUUCCAGUGCUGGUGGGAUUGUUGGACCACCCCAAGAAAGAGGUACAUUAUGGUGCCUGUGGGGCUCUCAAGAACAUCUCCUUCGGCAAGGACCAAGACAACAAGAUUGCCAUCAAGAACUGUGAUGGAGUGCCUGCUUUGGUGCGCCUGUUGCGGAAGACCCAUGAUAUGGACCUUACAGAGGUCAUCACAGGAACGCUGUGGAACCUGUCUUCACAUGACUCCAUCAAGAUGGCCAUUGUGGAUCAUGCACUGCAUGCCCUGACUGAUGAGGUUAUCAUCCCCCGCUCAGGCUGGGAGCGAGAACCCAACGAGGACUCAAAACCCCGCCACAUUGAGUGGGAAUCAGUACUCACCAACACUGCUGGCUGCCUUAGGAAUGUGAGCUCAGAGCGGAGUGAAGCCCGUCGGAAGCUGCGAGAAUGUGAUGGGCUGGUGGAUGCCCUGAUAUAUAUCAUCCAGUCAGAGAUUGGCCAGAAAGACUCAGAUAGCAAGCUGGUGGAGAAUUGCGUGUGCCUGCUGAGAAACUUGUCUUACCAAGUCCAUCGUGAGAUCCCCCAUGCUGAGCGCUACCAGGAGACUCCUCUGGUCACCACCAACAAUGCUGGGCCCCAUGCUGCAAGCUGCUUUGGUGCCAAGAAGGGCAAAGACGAAUGGUUCUCCAGAGGUAAAAAGCUUCCUGAAGACCCUGGUGCAGAUACAGUGGAUUUUCCCAAAAGAACAACUCCAGCUAAAGGCUACGAGCUCCUCUUCCAGCCAGAAGUGGUCCGGAUAUACAUCUCCCUGUUAAAGGAAAGCAAGACUCCACCCAUCCUAGAGGCUUCAGCAGGAGCGAUUCAGAAUCUGUGUGCUGGCAGUUGGACGUAUGGCCGGUACAUCCGCUCAGCACUCCGCCAAGAGAAGGGACUCUCAGCCAUUGCUGACCUCCUGACCCAUGACAGUGAGCGUGUGGUGAAAGCAGCAUCCGGGGCCCUCCGCAACCUGGCUGUUGACUUGCGUAAUAAAGAGCUGAUAGGUAAACACGCCAUCCCCAAUCUAGUGAAGAACCUGCCUGGAGGCCAGCAGACUCCAGCGAAAAACCUCUCUGAGGAUACAGUGGUGUCCAUCCUCAAUACCAUCAAUGAAGUCAUUGUAGACAACCUUGAGGCUGCCAAGAAGUUGCGGGAAACGCAGGGGAUUGAGAAGUUGGUGCUGAUCAACAAAACUGGGAACCGCUCAGAGAGAGAAGUCCGAGCAGCUGCCCUCGUCUUGCAGACAAUCUGGGGAUAUAAAGAGCUGCGGAAGCCCCUGGAGAAGGAAGGCUGGAAGAAGUCAGAUUUCCAGGUGAACCUUAGCAAUGCCUCUCGGACACAAGGGGGAAACUCGUUUGAUGACAGCACCUUGCCUCUCAUUGACAGGAACCAAAAAACAGACAAGAAAUCCUCCCGGGAGGAGAUCCAGAUGAGCAACAUGGGACCAGACAACUAUUCCACACUUAAUGAGAUGGACCACAGCAGGACACUGGACCGAUCUGGUGAUCUUGGAGACACGGAGCCAGUGAAGGCAGCACCAUUGAUGCAGAAGAUCUAGCUGCUAUCCCUGCCUCCGCUCAAUUUGGUUGAUAAUAUAUUUUAUAUAUAUAAAUAUAUAUAACUCUUCGUGGUGGAAUGGACCGAAUUUUUUUCAACUUGUGUUUUUUUUUUUUUUUUUUGCUGGACUGUUUGUGCCAACUAGCCAGCCAAAUGACUGGGCCUGGUCCCACAGGAGGCAGCCCAGGCUGCUCUGCCUCCUCUCGGUGGCUGCAUCUCCCUGUUCUGGGACAACUAUCAGUAACUCUUCCUCCCUGUCCUCCACCACUUCCCUUCCUUCAGAGAGGAGGCCCUCCUGCCUGACUGCCUGCGCCAACCGGCAAGGAUGCUGCAAAACAAUUCCAGACCUCUGCCUUGACCAGGAACUGCCUUCUCUGCCUCGCCUUCCUUCUGCUUGGAACCUACUGCGGGGACAGCGACCAAGACCUUACUUGCCACCUUCCUUUGUUGCCUAUAGGAUAUUUUUCUGUGUAUGGGAUCACUCUUGUGCUGAGGCUGUAGGGACAAGAGCAUCCCUUCCUGGUAGCAGCAGGACUGGGAUGUGAAAUCAUGGGGGUGUUGGUGGAAAGAAGCAGCAAUAAUAACUUUUCUUGCUUUGCUCUAGAUGAGGCUUUGGGGGUGUGGGGAGAGGGAUCUAUCCUAGCUCUGACUGUUUGGCCUGGCUCUGGAUCCUGCUGGGGGGAACAUGGGUCUGGAUGGGGCAGUUGAAAAGAGGAGGGAUCCUUAUGUAGGGAGAGGGUCUGUGUGGGGCAGGCCUCCCUCCCCUAGGGGUGAUCUUUCCCUGGGAAGGGAGCAGGGUAGGAGGAGAAGCAGCAGGGCUUUUGGGCCGGAUUUCUUUGGGAACUGGCUGAAGUAGCGGUGGGUCUGUGAGGGCAUGCGCAGCAGGUAGGGCCUGGAUCCCAGCCACCCCCAUGCAUCAGCUGCCUGUGGCAGUGUCCCCUCAGACUUCUCUUGACAUGUGCCUUUCUUUUGCCACUGUGAAAUAGCUCUUUGAAUUGUACUGUUUGGCUUCGCUAGGGGAAGCGGUGUUCCAGGCUCCUGGUAGGGCUGAGCUGGAAGCCCAGCGGGGAGGAUCGCAGCCCUGCUGCCUUCGGCUGCCACUGCUGAACAGGAAGCAGGGCUCUCCCCUCUCUCCUGUCUUGGGAGCAUCUCUGGUGGUGGGGGCGUAUUUGGUGCUGUGAUCUUCUGGGUGAAUAGGGGGAGGCUUAGGCUCACUGUGCAAACUGGAAGCCUCCAUGCAAGGCUGCAAACUGGAGAUGGAGCCCUCCCCAGUACGCACACUUGUGCCUCGCUCUUCCAGCUCCAGCCACACCUCAGCUCCAUUUGGUUUUGUUCUGGGGUCUAACUUUUCUCUUUUUCCUUUAAAUAUGUAAAACACUAAUUCUUUUAAUUUUUUA